GUGAAUCCCCUUUGUUGAUAAUGCAAAGAUCUACUUUCACAGAAAUUUGUGCAUUAUAAAACAUGAGAUCUGUGUGCUCUUUGUGCACUGAUGCUGCAAAAUGUUGGGUCUUAGCAUUGGGCAGCUUCAGGUCUGGGGGUCUUGCAGAUCAGUUUCCAUGAAAAACUCAGCAUGACAGCUGCAUGGAACCUGAAUGGUUCCUAGAAGAAGCCGUUUGUUUGUGAUACACCAGUGCCUGAGCCAAGAGGACUAUGAAUGACACCACAAAAAUCUGCUUUCUAGGUUUCUUUUGUAACCCUGUCCUAAACAUUACAGACAGGGUUACAAAAAGCAUUUCAUCCUAAAAUUCCUUUUAGAGAUAAAUUUAGACAGGUUCAAUUUAAAGUUUUGAGAAAAGCAGCAAGAAACUGAGGGGAUCUUGCUGUUCCCCUCAGAACUCUCUAAAUGAUUAUGUGACAUAAAUUAUGUGCCAAAAAUCACAUAUGUCAUCAGGGACUAAUCUGCAGAUUAAGAACCAGAACAUAUAAGAAUGUACAGGGCUGAGGUCUCUGGCACCCAUGAAGCCAUGCCCUAGCACUUGUUUAAACUCACAAAUAUUUACCAGGUAAAGAGAAUACCACAGCGAGCUUUCUCAAUAACUAACAGAAAGUAAACAUGUUUUUAUAACCUUAGAACAGGAUGCAAACACUAAAAAAGUCAAAUUACAAUUAAAAGUUAAGCUUCUGCACUCCAUGGGAAAGAACCCCAAUACAAUUUGUGCAUUGUUCUUCAUUUCCCUGGCCACUCCUUGCUCUCCUGCUCAGUAGUGCUGUAUAUCUUGGUAUAGAGGCAGAGAGAUGUGGUUGUUCAAGCCCUGCAAUUUCAGAAUUCCUCAUUCUCCAAGAGAUAGUCCCAGCACCUGCAUUAUCUGCAGGCUGAAAGAAGUCUUGGAGGUGACAAGGGAUGUCAGGGCUUGAAGAUGCCUCAGACUCUGGUGCACAGUGUAGAAAGGAGUAUCUAUAGCUAGAAGUAAGUACAUAUGCUGUCACUGGACCAGCACAGGAGUCUGAAAUCUCCAGAGAAACUUCCCCCUCUGCUUGGUGUUCAUUGCUGGUUAAUGUAAUGACAGAACACAUUACUUGCCUAUUAGUGUAUUUAUCCAUUUCAGGGAAUUCAAAAUCAGGUUUCCUAUAAAUAAUUAAUUACAACUCCUAAGAAAUAAGCAACUAUGAUUACCCAUGUCACCUAAAAAGACCUUGCUAUAUCGAUUCAGGUUAUUUAGUGCAAUAAGCUGUGCAAGCAGUAAAAAAAAAAAAAAUAGCCAGUCUGAUAAAUCCAGUACAGGUAACUGGAAAUUAAGGGGGAAAAGCUAAAACCACAGCACAACAGAUAACCCUAUAAAUGAACCUGGACUUGGACACAUGACUUCAUUGCUUUGUGGUUUGAUCCUUCUUUGAUCUGGAAAGUUAAUGUCUGAUGGUAAAAGCAUGGGCUUGGAGAAUAGGCAUUAUUACAGGAAUAGGGAAACUUGACUCCUGUGCUGUCUCUGGCUUCUGAAUUCCUCUAGGUCAUAAGCUCUGAAACUUGAAAUCUCUGACACACUUAAGGGAGUCACCCAAAAACAUGCAUCAAGUCAGCAUCAGAAUGAAGAAAUAAAAAAAAAAGUCCUGAAUCACAGUCCCAUGGUUUUCUACUUUAGUUUUUUGUAAAACUUUGAAACUCAUAGGACUGAUGUAGUAGUGCUACCCUCCCACUUUUGUAAACUCUGCAUUCUCUGGUGAAAUUAGUGCAGUGCUAUGGAAGCAAUUAUCCUUGAAAAAAAAAAGUGUAUUGAAAAGAGGAAUUCACUGGAGAUGUAGCCAGAUCUAAGACUUUAGGAAUGGACUAAAUUCUUUUAAAUCCUGUGUAUCCUCAGGCAGGAUGUAGAAAGGCACCCAGAAGUGUCAGCCUACAGCAGACAGCCUGCAGCACAGCUGGCAGGGCCCCAGCAUCUUUGGCAAGAAAUCACGGGCAGAAGAAUAAGGUGUUGUGCCUGACAAGCACCUUGAAAGCAAAAUCAGUCUUGCUUUGAGGUCUCUAUCAAAAAGCCACAAAAGAACUGGCAGAAAAUUUCCUGUUCAGCCCAGGGUGACCUGGUGAUAGCAAAGCCUGACCAUGGCAGGUGAAAGGAUGGGAAUGAUUUCACAGUGGUACAAGACACAGGAGGGUGCACACCACCCACAGUUUCUCUACACUUGUAUGAAAGUUUUAUAUCAAGAGAUCUGGGGAAAGAUACACAAUCAUCACUGAUAGAGUUUGCAAACGAUACUUAAUGUGCCAAAUAAUAAAUAAGUCUGGUCAGUAAUAAAUAAAUCUGGUCAUCUUAAUGGUGAAAUAAACUGUGCUCACCUAGUUCAUGCUUUAGAUAGUUUUUUUGGUUUUGUUUUUCAUUUUGGAGGAAUAAGACUUUUUAACAACUCUGUAAAGCAUAAAAUUUGUAUUAACAACAGUGCCCCUGAGAAGAAUUUAGGGAUGGAAAGCAAGUGUCUUCCAUCUAGAACAAUAUGGUGCUUAAGACAGCUGAUGAGGAGCCUGGAUACAUGUACAGGAAAGGCAUUAUGUCCUUCAUGCUAUCUGAGGUUGUUCCCACAACACUUACAUGCUUUUAUACCUUGUUUUAUAUUCAGAUUUGAAAUGAGAUACUGUCAGGUUGGAAACUAUGCAGAAAUGGGUGGCAUGAAUGAAAAUAAAUUUGUGCUACAGAACUGAAGAUGAAAACUGCUGUACUUAGCUGAGAAAAGUUGUAAGCUGACUCAACACACUGUAAACAUGGAGAAGAGGAAGAGCUGGAUGAUAAAGUACUGUUAUCUACCAUGCCAGAAGCAAAGGAUGAGAAAGGAUAUCUAUUGAUUUUUACAAUGAAAACAUGACUGUCAUUAAAUUGAAGUUUUAAAAUGUAGUGAUUAUAUCAGAAAAAACCCAAAAGUCAGGUGUUUAGUUGGACAAUUGAAUGCUUAGGAGCUUUUCAUUAUGUCCUACUAAGAAUUAUCAAACCUGUGCAGACUUCAGCUUUAGCAUUUCCUCCGGGAAGGUAAUGGAAUUCUGUUGUGUUAUACUUUAAUUUCUUCUGCUCCUGCUGAAUUAUUUGGGUCAAAUUAGUUUGGGUCAAAAAUGACAACUUUUCUUGCCAUCAUUGAGAAGCAUAUAACUGUGUAUUUAAUUUAUUCUAAAAAAAAAAAAGUCCCAAAUGAUUCAGCUUAUUUUUCAGUCCCUAAAUCUUACAAUCAUAGGCUAAAUUUCCUAAAGAUAGUAAGUCUCCCACAGGAAUAAGUUUCAAAUUGCUUGGCAGCAUCUGCAGUGAAGUAUUUUAAAUGUAGGUAUGGCCACAGGUGGAUAGUCUUUUCUGAAAAGAGGUUGUAGGAGCAAGAGAAAGCAGAGUACAUGAUUAGCACUCUGAAGUUUAUCACUUUUUGGGAAAGUGCACAUUUAAAACUGAUCACAUGAUCUACUAUAAUUAUUCAGGUCAAAGCAAGAAGAGUUCCACAGGAGUAACAGCAGGGUUUUGAAUUGAGGGGAAUUUUUUAUUUUGGUGGAGGAGAAAGAGAGUUCUUGUAAUGGGAUGCAGCUUCAGCUAAGGUCUCAGUGUUAAGAGGUUUUGAUCCUGGUAGUGGCCAAGCACCUUUGGUUACCUCUCAGUGCACACCACAGCACUGACAGUGAGGAUGCAAAGAUCUGGCAAAAGCUCCAUCUGCUAUUAACACCUAAUGCACUACUCAGCAUGUUCCAGCCCCCUGGUAGCAGACAGGAUUUUGCAUGCAUUUCUGCCCCACCUCAAAAGCACCUAGCUGGAUAAUACUGUCUACAGCUUAGCUAUCAAUAUUUGUUUUCCAUCAGAAAGGCAUUUUUUCUAAUCAUAAUUCUUCUGAGGAACACAAGGUUCAGGAUUCAGCAAUUUACCCAGGUUGGUGCUCUACAAAGCCAAACAUUUUGUCAUUGCCAGCUGGAAAAAUGUCAGAGAUUUCUUUGGAUAUUACAAAAUCACUGCAUUUACAUUGAGCAGGCUUUUUUCCCUCCACCUAGACUUGGAUUGCACAACAUUAAGGCAGCAUAAAAUAUUUGCUUUCUGAUUCCACAUAAAGAACUUCAGCUUUCUCAGGAAACUUAGAGCUCUUUGGAAGCCAAGCUUUCCACAAUGCUCUUCAAGCCUCCAAAGGUGUUUGCAGAGUCUAAAUCAACAGUUAGGUAAUGAUAGCAACAAAGUCCUAAUGCCUGGUUCUCCUGUGAUUUGUGCUCUCGUCAUCCCAAAGGCACAGACAUCAAGAAGUGCCUUAGAUGAGCAUCUCAGGAAUGGCAUAGGUUCUACAGAGGAGGCAGGAGUGUCUAUAAUAUAUAAGAGCUUUCUGACUUUCCUUGUUUCAAUGGGCAUCAUAGUGACCCUGGGGGAUGCAUACUGCUGGAGUAAAAUUCACAAGCCAGGGGAGGCCAAAGAUGGCUGUAUGAUCAAUGGAAAACUGUAUCCCUUUGGACACAUUGAGAGGACAGAAGAUUGCCACAGAUGCAGCUGCAGUGAACGUGGAGUGAAUUGCUGCUCCCUGUUUUUCACUCCUGUUUCUUAUGACAAAGAGAAAUGUAAAGUGGUUUUCAACAAGAAGCGCUGUGACUAUGAUGUGGUGCAGAAGGAUGACCCCUCAAAGGAGUGUUUGUCUGGCUAUGCUCGUGUGGGCUAACACCUGCUCCAAACCUCUCUGCAUUGUGGAAUUUCUCUCCUUCCACAGAUGCUUUGCCAUCACAGAGAACCACGAUGACAUGGAAAAAUCUCAUAAACAAGAACACUUCAGUAAUUGCCUUCUAACCUCUGAAUUGUCCUAAUUUCGCUUACAAGAUACAUAAUGAGAUAGAGUGUCUCAUUUCUGUCAUUAAUGCAUUUGUUAAGUACAAUAAAUUGAGAUGAAACAUCCA